AUGCCUUCUUGUGACAGCGAUUCCUCCGAUGAUGGCGACGACUAUUCCACCACCAACGUCACUCUCGGUUAUGCGACCACGGAAUCAACCGGCGACGACAUCAGUCACCUCGGUGGGCAUCCCACCUGGUUAGACUCGAACCAUCCUCCUCCUGCGACUUUCGCCAAAUGCAAAGUGUGCAACGGCUACAUGUCCCUCCUAGUUCAGCUCAAUGCAGAUCUCCGACAGUACUUCCCCCAUGACGAACGAAGACUUCACGUCCUGUGCUGCAGAAAGAAAGCAUGCUCCAAGAAAAUUGGCAGCAUCAGAGCUUUCCGAGAAACGAGAAAAGCGGAAGGACGAGAGAAGAAGGAAAUCCCACCGAAGGAAAAGGAAUCAAAUAAGCCUCUGCAAGACUUGGGAAGUGCCCUUUUUGGAGGUACCAGACCACAGCUCUCGACAAGCAAUGAAAACCCUUUCUCGAUGUCCGGCACGAGCACACGGUCCUCCGUAAAACCUUUCUCCCCCCUGACCUCCCGCUCAACAUUGGCAGCGAAACCUCCACAGCGACCCGUCGAUGGACCUGAGCCUCCUACUGAGACCUUUGCAGACAAACUCAAGAUAGUGUCUGACCAAAGCCCUGAACAAUUGAAGAAAGAGCCCACAGAACCUUGGCCGGAGAAUUCCGCGUUCCCCUCUCCGUAUGCAUCUUUUUACCUUGACGCCUAUCCUGAAGAUUUGUACCCAGCACCUCCUGAACCGCCGACAGCCGAAUCGUCCCAGACACAAUACGAUAUAGACGAUAGUGGAAAUAGCAGGGCGGACAAAGACAAUUUUGAGUCUUCACUGGAUAAGACAUUUCAAAAGUUUUCAGACCGAAUAGGCCAGAAUCCGGAACAGGUCUUGCGGUACGAGUUCAAAGGUGAACCACUCCUGUACUCUGGGACAGACAGUGUGGCUUCGAGAUUUGUUGUUCCACAUGGCAAAUCAGGUGCCGUGAGAGGCAUCCCGAAGUGUGAGAGCUGCGCAGCACAAAGAGUUUUCGAGUUGCAGCUAGUGCCGGGAUUGAUCUACGAACUAGAAAAAGAUGAAGUAUUGGACUUGGAAGACGGCAUGGAGUGGGGGACAGUCAUCCUUGGGACAUGUGUGAACAACUGUGGCGACCCAGGAAAGAUAUCAUUCCGGGAGGAAUGGGUGGGAGUUCAGUGGGAAGAAAGGGUGGUGAGAAAGUGA